GGGACCAAACUCGGUGCUAGGUGGUUCCCUCGGGCGAAAGACGAUUUGUAGCUGUUUAACAACAUUAGCCUGUUGUAUUACUACAAGCCAGCUAAUUAUCUACGAUGAUUGAAGCUAUCUUAAAAGAAACAUUAGCCUGUUAGCUCAACUAAGGUUAGCUUAACGUUAACUGUAGAAAGACUUACUGAGCUGUUCGCUGCCGUAGCCUGACAGGCUAAGGUUGUUAUUUUAAUUAGCUAAACCAUGUUAAAAUGAGCCCGUUUGCUCACUACUUUUACGAUUUCAGGGCUCUGGCCCCGUCUCCAGCAGCUGAAACACACCAGCCCUGUCCCCUCUGAUCCACGUUCACGGCCUUCCUGCAUUCUGAGACAUGACCACCCAGAUGGAUCUUGAUAUGGUGCACCUCCGCCUUAUCCUGGUCAGUGGGAAAACGCAAGACUUCACUUUCUCCCCAAACGACUCGGCCACAGACAUCGCCAAGCAUGUAUUUGACAACUGGCCUGCAGGAUGGGAGGAGGAGAGGGUGAGCAGUCCCAGUAUACUGCGCCUCAUCUUCCAGGGACGCUUCCUUCAUGGCAACGUUACCCUGGGAGCUCUGACGCUCCCUCCGGGCCGAACAACUGUCAUGCACUUGGUUGCCAGAGAGACUCUUCCAGAGCCCAACUCUCAUGGUCAAAGGAACAGAGAAAAAACCACAGAGAGCAACUGCUGUCUCCUCUUGUAAAGCAACAUAAACAACCCCCCCCCCCCACACACACACACACACACACACGCACACAAAUUACA